AUGGCGAAGAAACAGGCGGUGGCCAACCACGGUCCGCCAAAGGCCGGGCGAGUGAAGUGUCAGGCCGCUGCUGACGACAAUGCCGCUGGCCCUUCCAACGAGGCUCCGGCUGCCAAGCGGCCACGCGGUCGACCGCCGAAGGGCGUGUCGGUGGACCGGCUAGCGCCGAUGCCCAUCGCUAUCUCGGUGGCUCGAAAGUUGCGGAAGGCAGCGGAUGCAACGCAACCCGCAAGCCCUUCCAGCAGCAGGGCAGUCGCAACUAAAGCCCCGAGAAGCUCCUCCCCAAGCAUCACCAACGACACGGCUAGCGAGGCUCCAAAGCGUCGCAGUGCCAGGAGGAGGGUGAGCCGCGGCCGAUCAAGGCACUCGUCCCGCAGUCGUCAUAGCGGACGCGCGCGCAAAGCCCCAAGCCGCGAAAGCUCGCCCACACGGUCGGAAAGAAGCCGCACGAAGAACGAAGAGGAACAGCAAGAGCCGCCUCCACGCCCGGUCCAGAAGCUCUUCCUCGGCCACCUGCGUGCUCUCGAAGCGCGGCAAGAAGCGUCGCCAUGCCCAUAG